UGUUAAUAAACCCAAAAUCUUCUCAAAUCAAAGCCAUGGAUGCGAGCAACCACGACGACGAGUUCAAUUCUACCACAAACUGGUAUCUCGCCGUCGGUUCUCUCACAGUCUCCAUCUCCUUUGAGUCCUCCUCCACCGCAAACCAAGAAUCUGACGACGGAAUCAUCUCCGCCGCCGCCGAUCAUGUAACCAAGUCCCCGUUACUUCUACUCCCUCCUGUUCCCAACGGCGAGCCUUGCGAAAUCACAAUUACAUUUGCACAAGAGUAUGAACUAAGGCAAGUUUAUAUACGAAGUAGUGCACGAGUAUAUGAAGUGUAUUACACGAAAAAGCGGCGUCAGGAUAAGGAAUACUUGUGUACAGUUCGAUGUGGUGUUGCUGUGAGAGAUGAAGAAGUGCUUCAGGUCUCUUAUACUGACUCUGAUGCUUCUAAGAGUUUGGUGGAGAGGAAGGUGAAAGAUAAUGGUAAUGUACGGUCGAGCGAAGAUGAUUGGGUUGAAGUGAAAGCUGGUGAUGAUUCUCUGUUGAAUAAUGAGAAAGAUCUGCUUCUAUUGUCACAAUUAGGGAAACAGGAUUUUUAUGAAGCUACUGCGGAGAUUAAUGAUGUCGAUCCAUGUACUUCGAUUACACUCCGUCUUCUUUCGCUUCAGGAUAAAAGAUGUGCACUUGUUGAUGAAGUUUAUGUGUUUGCUGAUCCUGUUGAUUCAAGUGAGUCAGAGCAGGAAGAAGCGAGUGGAGCUGGAAAUUCAUCCAGUAGUUCGUUGAUGGCUAUGUUUAUGCCUGCUCUUUUGCAGCUAUCUCGAGGAAAAGAUGUCAGAAGAGAACGGGAUAGAGAAGUUUCUGGCAAGUCCAAUAUCACUAACCCAGGAACUUUAGGAAACUCAAAUGACUCGGAUGGGAUCGUGAAAGGAAUUCACCAGGAGAAAAUUUCCAGUAAAGCUGAUCUAAUAGGAGUGAGCCCACCGGUUUUAGUUGAUACUCUUUCAAAGCGGGUUGAUUUUGCAACGCGAGUAUCUGGAGAAGAAAUGAAACCUGCUACAUCGUGCAGUAAUAUGGAGACUAUCUUGGGUGAUCUUGUUAACAAGGUAAGCAGAAUAGAAACUAUCUUGACAAGAUUUGAAGAUCAGAUGUUGAAACCAAUCAAUAGUAUUGAUGCAAGGCUUCACCUAGUAGAGAAGAAACUCGAACAGCUAGGAAAGAAAUCAUUUGAGUCUGAAUUGGUUUGUCAAAAGAAAAUACCCAAUCCAGAUACUCUGGGCUGUGAUGGAGAUAAAAUUUCCGAUACCGAUGAGUUGGAUGGAUUGACUAAAAGCACUGAGAAUCCACAGUUGGUCUCAUGUACAAAAAUAGUUAUCCCUGAAUCCUCUAUUGAAGAUUGUGCUGUUGUACUACCGAAGAACAGGCUGGAAGAACUGGAGAGUGAAAAUAACUCAAUCUCGGGAAAUGAGGUGAUUUCUACUGAACCUGAGACCAGUAGUGAGGAGGGUAGUCAUUCUUUUGAAGAGAAACCAAAACGUUCAUUGUCUAUAAAUGACGCUUUAGCAUCUGCACUUGCUGGAUUUUUGUCUUCACAUUCGAUCACGGAUGGAAAAUACAGCCAAGCCUUCGCAGUCACAGCACCUGAAUUUUCAAAUGAAGACGAUAUGGAAAUAGAAGAUAAACCUCGGACUGGUGGCCAUCCAGACAAAAGCCAAGUUGCAGAAAACAUAUACUCUGCCUCGGAGAGCGCAACUUCUUCACAGAAAGUCCCUGGAAUUACUCCAUGUAUUGAAGACAAUUCUCAGGAAACGAUUUAUGGAGAUUUUAAAAAACGAGAUGAUAGUUUUGGAGGAGAUAAGGAAGCUAAGACAGUGGUUAGCGUCAGGGACAAUGCUUUAGAUGAAGAUAUGUUUACAUCAAGCACAAAAGCUGAUUGUUACACAGAAAAGGAUUCUGAUUCCUUGAUUCACGAGCUCGAGAAUUCAAAUCUAACUACUACAAAAUGCAAAGGAGAGCCCGAAAUGGAUGAUGUCUUUAAGAGUGUUGUCGGUCUGCAACCAACUACAUCUUCAAUUAAUUUUCUAACUUCAGUCCUGGAUGUGAAAUUUAGUUCAGAGAAUCAAGACUCUGAUAGCAAAAGUUUCUUCGAGGCACUCUUCACAGAAGAAUCUAAGACUGAUGUAGAUUGCAAGAACAAAGCUUUUGAUGAUAACUUGGUCUCAGUGGAAGAAGAAGAAGAAGAACUCAAAGGACCACCAACAGAUACCCUUUCGUCUGUGGAGAUGGAUCACUAUGAGACGAACGAGAUACAUCUACACGUUAAUGAUGAAACCUCAGAAGCAAGUCUGAUAUAACGGAGAAACUAAAUGCCAUGUUGAGUCUGUGGAAGGUAGAUUGGUAGUGUUGCAAGCCUUAAUGAUACUAGCGAUUAUGCUGGUUGUUAUUUAGAAAGAAGAUAUUUUACUGUACAUAGAAUUUGAAACCUUGUGAAAUUUCUAAUUAUAAUCUGUUGGAUCAGAACACUA